CGUCAUUACGCCGUUGCGUCAAACCCGGAAGUAUAAAUAAAGAAGAGGGGAAGUUUUCUCGCUAGUGUUGUUUUGUUUUUGUUUUUAAAAAAAACCCAUGGUGGUAGUGAAUAAACUCUAUGGGGUGUUUUAAUUAAUUUAUUUAUGUUACAGUAACUUUACAGCCAUGGUGUGUCUGUCGCGCGCUGUUUGGUGCGCUGUUCUCGGGUGUGGUGUAAUGGUGGCGCUAACAGCACGAGCGCUCCUAACCGGAAUGGAGCAAAGUAUGUUCCCUGCUCUCUGCGCUGUAGCUCUGAGCGUAGCCGCUGCUCUCUGUGGUGAAUCUGUGCCGGGAUACAGGCGCAGCGUGUUCAGCGUCGUGCGUCACUACCUGUCCGUUAUGCGUGUGAGUCGAGCAGGGAGACAGCAGAGACACACGCUGGAGAGAGAUACAUGGAGUGUACGGAGAGUGCAGGAGGAGACGCUGCUCAGACGGCUGCGAGACACAAAAAACACACGCUAUGGACUCGAGUAUCACUUCGGUUCUAUCACAGAUGCCACAGAUUUCCGAAAGUGCCACCCCGUCACCACGUACGUUCAUUAUGAGGAGCUCAUACGGCGAGUCUCUUCCGGAGAAAAAAACGCCGUGGUCAUGGAGACGCCCAUCCUAACGAUGACCUCAGGGUCAUCGGGAUGCAGCAAGAUGCUCCUGAACACCAAAGAAGCCAACAGCGACUACUUCUUACAGGGCGUCUCGGUUUGCGUAGACGUCAUGAGGGAGUCUUUCCCGGGGAUGACGAGCCUUCAGACGACCCUCAGACUGUUUUACCCAUCGGCUGAACGUCACUCUGAGGCAGGACUUCGAAUCGUAGCGACGCCAUUUUACUCCGAGUGCACACACCAUCUCUGCACGAGCCCCGCAACCAUCUUACAGGUGCAUAAUGAGUGCGAUGCUCUGUACCUUCACCUGCUCUUCGCCCUUAAGGAUCGUCAUGUCGGCAUCCUGGAGUCCAGGUUCUCCUCCGCGAUGUUUGACGCCUUCAGACUCCUGGAGGAGCAUUGGGAGGAGCUGGUUGAUGAUGUGGAAUCGGGUCGGAUCAGCUCCAGGCUUCUUCUAGAUGCUCGGCUGAGGUCGGCGCUGGAAAAGCAACUGAAACCAGAUCCUGCUAGAGGGGCAGAACUCAGGACUGCCAUCACCCUGGGCUUUGAAGGCAUCGCUAUUAGGCUGUGGCCUCGUUUACACCUGAUUCAGACGGUCGACUCGGGGCCACAUCAGAUUUAUGGGGAGAGUCUCAGGCAGCACUACUGCAGGGGCGUGCCCUUCUAUUCUCCGCUCUACGCCGCCUCAGAAGGUCUGAUCGGAGUGAAUCUGUGGCCGCUUCAGGACCGGAGACAUUACUUGCUCUGUCCUCGCUCCAUGUUCUUCGAGUUUCUACCAGAGGAACAUUUAGACACACAGCACACACUGAACACACUCAGCACGCUGCUCAUGGACGAGGUGGAGGAGGGGAAAAACUACGAGCUGAUCAUCACCAACGCCUCAGGACUGUUCAGGUAUCGCCUUGGGGACGUAGUGAAAGUGGUCGGGUUUCACAACCAGUGUCCGGUGGUGGAGUUUCUUUACAGACCCAGUGAGACGCUAAACGUCCGAGGUGAAAAAGUGAACGAGGCCUUGUUUUUAUCCGCUCUAAAGAAAGCGGUGAUGCAGUGGCCCGGCACUAAACUGGUGGAUUACUGCUGUGCUGAGAGUGGAAUUCUGGGAGACUCGUCAGGAGGAGCUCAGCCUCAUUACCAAGUGUUCCUGGAGCUGAGAGGUGUCAGGAACCUCACCGAGGAGCAGCGAUAUAAGUUGGACAUGUGUCUGCAGGCCGACUGCACCGUCUACAGGUCAUUCCGGAUCAAAGGCAGCAUCGGACCAAUGAGAGUACAGCUCGUUAGCGAGGGGGCUUUCCGGGAGCUGAAGAGUCACAUGAUGUCCUCCUGCCACACCUCCACCAACACGUUUCAGAUGCAGCGCGUCAUCCGCAGAAAAGAGUACGCAGACUUCCUGCUGAGGAAAACUGUUUCCUGAGACGCAGCGUAGCAUCACAGGAGAGACAGAGUACACACUCUGAAACAGUUACAAAGUUGAGGACCGAGGAGGACUGACUGACACACGGUGUACACACACACACACACACACACACACACACACACACACACACACACACACACACACUGUAAAAGCGGGGGACAAUAGGCAAAAGAAGUAAAACGAAAAGAAAAAUGAAACGUGUGUGACUUGUUUCUCCAGCAGAUGGUGCCGCAGUGUUUCUCUACAUUCGGGACGAAUACAACAGAUUUAUUAUUAUUAAAUAGAACACCGUAACGUGUGAGGUUACGGAGAAUA